AUGGGCUUCGGCAGAAAUACGGUAUUAAAAAUCAAUGCCACUGAUCCAGAUGAGGGCCUUAAUGGAGAAAUUGAAUACAAUCUUGGCAAAACACUGAAGAAAAGGGUCUAUGAGAUAUUUGAAUUGGACAAAUCAACUGGAAUAAUUCGAAUUAAAGGGGGAGUGGAUUAUGAAGAAAAUGACAUUUAUAAACUGGAUGUGGAGGCGUCCGAUAAAGGAACACCCCCACUGACAGAUUCAGGAAGUCCGUCACUGAGCAGCAACGUCACAGUGAACGUGUUCAUUCUGGAUCAGAACGACAAUCCUCCAGUCAUUCUGUAUCCACUCAGCUCUAAUGGUUCUGCUGAAGGUGUGGAGGAGAUUCCCCGCAAUGUGGACGCAGGACACUUGGUGACUAAAGUCAGAGCCUAUGAUCCUGAUAUAGGAUAUAACGGCUGGUUACUGUUUUCACUGCAGGAAGUUUCUGACCACAGUCUGUUUAAUUUGGACCGAUAUACAGGACAGAUCAAAACACUUCGUCCAUUCACAGAGACAGACGAGGCUGAGCAUAAACUGGUCAUACUGGUGAAAGACAAUGGGAACGUUUCACUGUCAGCAACAGCUACUGUGAUUGUCAAAGUUGUGGAGCCCAAAGAAGCUUUUGCAGCUUCUGAUGUGAAAAGUUCAACCAAAGCAGAUGAGGACAAUGAUGUGACUUUUUACCUGAUGAUAACUUUGGCCUCAGUUUCUGCUCUUUUUCUCAUCAGUAUCAUUGUGCUGAUUGCAAUGCAGUGCUCCAAGUCCACAGACUAUACUUCUAAAUAUCUACCAGAGCCAAACUAUGAUGGAACAUUGUGUCACAGCAUCCAGUACAGAUCUGGAGACAAACGGUACAUGUUAGUUGGACCCAGGAUGAGUAUUGGAUCUACUAUAGUCCCAGGAAGUCAUGCUAAUACUCUAACCCUUCCUGACAGAAGGAGAAUAUCUGAAGAGUUAGAUAUUCAGGCUUCAGACAAGGGUCAACCCCCAUUUACGACAGACUGUAGAGUUCUGAUAAAAAUCCAAGAUGUAAACGACAAUAAACCUGAAAUAGACGUGACGUCAAUAUCCAACAUGAUCCCAGAAGAUUCCAAACAAGGAACAGUUGUUUCUCUAAUUAGUGUCACAGACAAAGAUUCCAACCUGAAUGGAAAAGUUAUAUGCAAAGUUUCGGGUGACGUACCGUUUGAAUUAAAACCCUCAUUUAAAGAAAACAUGUAUUCAUUAGUGACCAAAGCAGCGCUGGACAGAGAAACGGUGUCACACUAUGACUUAUCAAUAACAGCGACUGACUGUGGCGAGCCCCCACUUUCCACCAUUAUAACUCUGAGUAUUGACGUGUCAGAUGUUAAUGACAACGCCCCCGAGUUUCCACACAGUCCACUAGAGUUAUAUUUGUUAGAAAACAAUGUUCCUGGCGCACCGAUAUUUUCCGUUAGUGCUUUUGAUAAAGAUUUAAACUCUAAUGCGGCGGUUUCCUAUCAAAUAAGGGGAGAGGACGGUGGUCACAAAGAUCUGGCGUCUUUUCUGAAUAUAAAUUCAGAUAAUGGAGGAAUCGUUGCGCUAAAAAGUUUCGACUUUGAAAAAUUAAAAAAGUUUAAUUUCCACGUGGUGGCGUCAGAUUCAGGAAGUCCGUCACUGAGCAGCAACGUCACAGUGAACGUGUUCAUUCUGGAUCAGAACGACAAUCCUCCAGUCAUUCUGUAUCCACUCAGCUCUAAUGGUUCUGCUGAAGGUGUGGAGGAGAUUCCCCGCAAUGUGGACGCAGGACACUUGGUGACUAAAGUCAGAGCCUAUGAUCCUGAUAUAGGAUAUAACGGCUGGUUACUGUUUUCACUGCAGGAAGUUUCUGACCACAGUCUGUUUAAUUUGGACCGAUAUACAGGACAGAUCAAAACACUUCGUCCAUUCACAGAGACAGACGAGGCUGAGCAUAAACUGGUCAUACUGGUGAAAGACAAUGGGAACGUUUCACUGUCAGCAACAGCUACUGUGAUUGUCAAAGUUGUGGAGCCCAAAGAAGCUUUUGCAGCUUCUGAUGUGAAAAGUUCAACCAAAGCAGAUGAGGACAAUGAUGUGACUUUUUACCUGAUGAUAACUUUGGCCUCAGUUUCUGCUCUUUUUCUCAUCAGUAUCAUUGUGCUGAUUGCAAUGCAGUGCUCCAAGUCCACAGACUAUACUUCUAAAUAUCUACCAGAGCCAAACUAUGAUGGAACAUUGUGUCACAGCAUCCAGUACAGAUCUGGAGACAAACGGUACAUGUUAGUUGGACCCAGGAUGAGUAUUGGAUCUACUAUAGUCCCAGGAAGUCAUGCAAAUACUCUGGUGCUUCCUGACAGGAGGGGAAUAUCUGAGGAGGUAAGCUCCUUAUUUUAAUAUUAUCUACACUUCAUCUUACAAUUACAUUGUCUCAAUUCUAAUCUCUUCUUCUCAUCACCUCACCUGCAAAACAGCAAAAACGAUAAUGUAUUUAAUUGUCGUUUUUGCUGUUGUCUUUUAUUUUCUUAUUGGUUUCGUUGAACCUUUUUGCUGAUUUGAUAACAUACUGGAGCUGUCCUUUGUGCUGAUAGAAGUCCUUGUCUCUGAUGUGAAAAAUUAAAUUAAUCUCUUAUUUUUUGUUUUGGUAAAUAAAUGAAUAGUUGUUGUUGGUUUUGACCACAAGGUGUCAGUGUUAUAUCAGCAUACC